AUGAUAGUUUUAGUUGGAAAUUCCCCGGCAACAACAAUUUGUGCAAUUUAUCUUAAAACAGGUAAUAAGAAAGUUUUUGUUAUUAGAGAUGAUUCUAAGCUUGGUUAUAAAACAACUGUAUUACCAGGAUAUAAAGGUACUCAGUCUGAGUAUAAUAAUGAAUGCUUUAGACAAGCUAUAAAUAUAGUUGGAGAAGAAAAUUAUCUUGAAUGUAAAUCAAUAGAGAUUGUAGUAGGUGAGAAAAAUAUCAUUGUAAAUAACAGAAAAAUUGAUUUCAACUUGUUAGUAGUUGAUUCUCAUGAGACCUAUCAAAUAAAUGAUAAAAAUAUUAUUUCAGUAGUAAACUUUAUGAAAGACCACGAAGGAUUGACAGAUGAAGUUUAUAAUGAAGCUAUUAUUUUAGCAAGUAUGGGAUGUAAAAUUGCUUAUAUGAUAAAAGAAAUGAAGAUUGAAUAA